UGUUCUUUAAACGCCUUUUGGUCCGACAAUAUGGUGUGUGCCACUAAACUCCCCUGACGGAAUUUAAUGGAAUUAUCGGAUUACAGUGCUGCAGCUCUGAGGCUGGACGUUUUUACUACUAUACCGACAACGGAGGUGUUUUCAUGCUCUGAUGGACAGUCGGGUCGUGGGGUGAUUUGACGUCUUUUUAAAACCUUAGAUGAAUCUGUUACAUAUUUACGAAGGGGAUUUUCCGUCGAGGAGUGGAGCGCAUUACGCACAGCCAAAACGCGCAAGUGGAGAUGACAACUGUUAAAUCGGAGCGGAUGAUAUCUUUGGGUUUUUGACAAUUCCCAGAGGCUCUGAAGAAAACGGCAACCAUCUUGUUCAAAACCUUUUUUGGCUAUGUCUGUCUCCUCUCUGCCGGAAUGGAAACAACUCCUGCUGGAGAAAAAGAGGAGAGAGGAGGAGGAGCGAGAGAGGAGAGGGAAAGAGGAGGAGGAGAAGUUUGCCAGCAUGCCCGCCUGGAAGCGAGGGAUCAUCCAGCGGAGGAAGGCGAAGCAGGACAAUUUGGGUGACAGAGAAAAGGAUAGAGAUAUGUGUCUGCUGCAGGUUGAUGUCAGAUCCGAUAGUCUAAGUGACAUAGACAGCUUUGUGACAGUCAGUUUAGAAAGUGAAUCGUCACUUAGUCCAGAUCCAGGGCAAUGGCUGGAUGCAGACCUCAAACCAGAGAGUCAGGUGUCCAUAGAAACUAUAGUUCCAGUUCAUGAAAACCCAUUUAUUCGCACACAGAGUGCGUGGAGAAAGGGCAGGGAUCCAGAUGGGGGGAACGAGCCGGAAGUUAAGGAGAGGGAGAAAGACAAAUUAAGCCCCAGGGGUCAAGAUGGGGAGUCAGGAAGAGAAAGAGAUAUAGAGCUGAAAAUAGAGAGAUUCAGAGAUUUAAGUGAGGGACGGGAAAAAGAGAGGAGCAGGGACAGGAGUCAAGGAAGAGAAAGAGAGAAUAGCAACCAAUGGAAAGAGUCAAUUAAAGAUGCAAGCAGGGAGCGGGAAUUCCUUAAAGUUAGAAAAGACGAGGAGGAAAAAGAAACAGAUCCGCCAUCUAAUUCGUUUUCUCCCCACGUCCCAUGUCUUCGGACUAUCCGAGCCGACAAUAUCAUCAUCAUUGAACAGGACAGGAAGGGCAGCGACGAGAGACGGGGUAGAUGGAGGGAGACGGAGAGGGAGAGGCCUGAGGAGGACCAGGGGAAGAGAGGGAUGAAGAUGGACUUGAGGGAGAUCCUGGCCGGAGGAGGGAGCAUCACUGAGAUCCGAGCCUCUGAGGUUCUGAUCAUAAAGCCCUCUGCAAGCCCUGAAGAAAGAAGUCCAGAAGGAGGAGGAAAGAAUGGUUCUGGUAGGGAUGAUGGAGAGAUAAAGUGCAGCAUGGAUGAAAAGAGGGAGAGUUUUGGCAGGGAGCUCAGAACAGAUAUGUCCUGGCUGAGAGAAAAAGAUAAAGAGAGACCAUGGGGCCAGGCUACAGUUAUUAAAGACGACAGAAAGGACAGCUUGGAUGAUAAUGUGUUUGUUGAUAGAGGAGGGAGGGUCAGCCAGCUGGUGAGCAAGUUUGGACAGUACCCCAAGCCUCCAUCUCGAUCCAAAAGCUCAGAUAAUUUCCUCCGGCCCGGGAGGAGAAAAUAUUCAGGAGAUGAAGAUGACCUGCGAUCUGAGGCAGACGAGAGGAAUAUGUUGCCGAAAGGUGUGCCGAGACGCUCAUUGAGCUUCUCUGAUCGUGUCAUUUGUGCUAAAGAGAAUGGUUUAGACGACAAUGGGUAUUAUGAGAGGAAAAGGCGUGAGAGGAUACAUUCAGAGAAGACCACAGCGCUGUGGGUCAAUGUUGCAGGCUUAGGGAAGGAAACCACAGCAAAGUUCAAACUGGGGUGCACACCGCUUUUAGAUAAAGACCAGUUUAGAAAUCAUAGAGAUAGACAUUUAAAACAUGAGGAUGAGAAGGGAGUGCCCAUGCAAAGCAGAAACGAAGCAGAAGUGUGUUUCUCCAUCCAACACAAGAGCGAAUUCAAGAAAGUGGAGCCUGUUGACACGAGGGCUGCAGAAAGGGCAUGUGAUGCAGAUGGAGAUGAAGGGUUCACGGUGGCAUCGGUCAAAAACACAGAGGGAAUCUCGUUUGCUAGAAGAGUUGCCAUCAGGCAGGACGGGAAAGCAAGAGCUCAAAAAGGGGUGAAGCGACAGACAGGUGACACAAGUUUAGAAAAGGAGAUGAGUGUAGAAAAAGAUUCAGGGGCAGGAGGACAGAUUGAGACGCAAGUUUACAACAAAAACGUGUCCGAUUUUCGGAGAGAGGAGGGAUUCGAAAGAACAAUUCCACCUGAAACUUUGCAGAAGAGUCACGUUGAAUCCACUUUCACAGAGUGCUCCAGUCUACUCUGUGCUGUCACAGAUAGGGCUAGAGACCCACAUAGAGGGCCAGAGUGGAUUGGUACAGGACCACAAGGACCUUACCUAACACACUCUGUUUUGUCCCAACACACAGAAGAGCUUAUAAGUAAAAUAGAGAAAAUAGGAGACACAACUGUUUAUAGCAACGAGAAAGGAGAAAGAGCUUACAAGGCUUCGUUUGAAAUGACCAAAGGAUCAGAUCAGGAUCUUGGAUUGGAGAACCUUAUUCAUGAUGUAACUCCCAGAUCUCCGAAAAGGAUUCCACCCAUGGUGAUCUCUCCAGGUCCCCUCGAGAUUCAAAUCCCCAGAAGUGUGUUUUAUGUUGCUGAAGAAAUGCUGGAGAAUAAAAAGGCUGUGAGUCAAAGCAACAAGGGGCAAGACUGGGACGUGGGUAAAGGGGUUGAGAGGAGGGAUAGCUGGAGGAUCGGAAAACCCCUGAGCCGCAUCGAGUCCCUGCGAGAGAAAAUCAGACAAAGAGAGCUGGAGAGGCUGAGACAAAGGGAGACACAAGAUGGAGGCGGGAGAGAAGGUUCAGAGAUAAACGACACUCAGACAGCUGGGGACAGGCAGAACGAGAGGGGAACUGAAAUAGAGAAAGAGUGGGAAGCUGCAGCUCAUAUGCGGAAGAAGCUGGUCGAAGCAGAGAGGGGACAGGAAGAUGCAGUAGUACAGACAGCCACCAUUGCAUUUGACGUCACACAGGAAGUCGCCAUGUUGAAAACCUGCCCUCAGCUUCCUGCUUCUGUCCCAGACUCACAAGCUGUCAGAGCAGAGGAAGUAACGAGCGGGUACAUCACGGAUGCCUCUGAAGUUGUCUCUGACAGCUUUCAGAUAUCUGAGGAUGAAAAAAAAAAACUGAAACAUGUGGAAGAAGAGCUGAGGCGCCACAGGGGUCAAUACGGGAAAAGAGAAGAAGGGGAGGAGGAGGAGGAGGAGGAGAAGAAGAAGAAAAAGGAGUUCUCAGAAGAGGAAGAAGAGGAAUAUACAUCGCCUGUUCAAUCUCUCUCCCCUUUGCCGCCUCAUCUCAGCUCCCUCGCAACCAUGAGUAGGAUCUACAACUUGGAAACAGUUGGCUCGAGGUCAGGCUUGUGUCUGAGGGAGAGGACUGUAGACAUCCCAUCAGUGCACCUGGUUAAAGUGAAGCCCAUUGUGUCAAGCGCACAGCAGGGGGACAGUAAAGCACUCUCGGGUAAGGACAUUUGCGGGGUUCAGACAAUACAACGACAGAUAGAGCAGUUUCAGCUGAAAGAACAGGAAACACUGAAGCCUUGCAUGUCAUCAAACACCCCUUUUAAGGAUAGAGAGACAGAGGGGCAACAAAGCCCCAGAGGAGUGUUAAAGCACCAGGUACAGGAUGAUGCCAAGACCCCAGAGAAAGAUCAAGAAACGUCAGAAUUGAGCCCCAAAGUGUCUCCUUGCCGUGUUGGUUCUCCAACAUCUCAGCUCAAACAAUCUAACCAAACUACCACCGUCACCCCGUCACUUCUCAGGAGCCCAUCCCCGGACAAUACCCCGAAACCCUCGGAUCACGCGCCGACCCCGGCCUCCUCCCCGAGCUCCCUUUCUCCUGCUCAAUCUCCUAGUGUCUCUCCAUCUCCAAUCCCAUCGCCCGCCCUCUUCUCUAUCAGGAGUGCCUCUGGAGGUCAAGUGAAGAGAGGUGCCACCAUGACUAUCACCCCAAAAAAGCCUGCCAGAGGAGGAGUGACGGGGCCUACAACGGGGUCCACUGGAGGAGGGUCGAAAUCAGCCAAAACCUCAUCGCAGCAGGUCCAGACGACUUCUUCUGUGGUCGAGCCAGUGAAGAAGAAGUACCCCACAGUGGAGGAGAUCAAGGUGAUUGGCGGAUAUCAGAAUCUGGAUAAGUCCUGUCUGAUCAAGAACAGAGAGUCUCCGAAAAGGGGAAAAGUGUGUUUCAAUGAGGACCAGCUGGAGCAGGUGUGUGAGUACCCAUCAGAGACCUCCUUGCUGGCGUGUACCCCCUUCCCUCCGGACCUGUGGAGGACCGAGAGGCUGCAGGGAGAGGAGACGCAGGAGGAUGAGGAGGCUGAAGUGGAGGAAGGAACAAUCGUGUCCAAAAGUACAAGGAACGUGGGGAUUGCAACAGGAGGGGGUCUAAGAGUGGGUCAGUGUCACCCCCUGCUCAAAAAACACAACGUGUAAUGAGUGACAUUAUGGAUUCAGAUUGAUUUGCCAUUCAGGAUGUCUCACUGUGAAACUCUCCAUCGGUUUGGACUUUACUCACCUUUUUUUCUGUUUGUUUUAACUGUGUUGAACUUCUACAAUAAUCUACUGUGUAAUUUUCGUUGUCAACAAAUCCUAAGAGAAGACUAAAAUCAACAUUGAAUGAUUGCAUUUCCUGUGAAGCCAACGUCUGGUUUAGUUUAUUUCUCCUCAUUAAAGGGCUCUAUAUAAAAUGAGCUACACUGUUGUGGGUGACAUGUUCUUUCAUUACAAAGAACAAUCCCACAUCUCAUAAGUGAAGAAAUGUAGAUUUGGUUAAAAAAAGUAAAUUGUUAUGGGAAGAAGUCAGCUCCUAAAAUAAAAUAGAAUAUAAAUCUACAUUCACCUUAUUUACCUUCCAUCUCCAUCUCUCUGUCUUCCAGAUGAGUCUUGCCCUCGGUAGAAGCAGUCACCUUCGCCAAAAUUGACGAGAUCACCAACAUUUUGUUGAACAACAUUACGUGAUUUUGAUUCUGUUUUGUUGAAUUGAGUGUUGAUUUGAGAGUUUGUUAUCUAGUAUCAGAAUGAAUGAGUGUGAAAGAAGGUACAGUUGGAUUCAUGCAGUUAAAAAAAGGAACAUAGUUUUGUUGACUGGUGGAAAUAUUUCACCUGUUAUUAUUUUCAGGGAAAUUGGGACACAAAUGUGAAUGUAUAAGUAAACAUAAACAUAAAAAAGACCCUCAGGUGUGCACUGUUGGGUGAAGGAUCACUCUAUGCAAUAAAACAAGAUUUUAUUUUUUAGUUAAUAUAUUUGAUAGUUUCUUUGAUGAUAAUUUCUUCCUAUAUUUAAGUCUGCCUCAGCACAGAAGAGUGAUGUUUAUGUCAUCUGGUUUCAUGUGCCUGCUGGAUUUGCCCAUACAGCUGAUAUGAAGAUCCAUUUAUAAUGAUUUUUCUUGUCUGAAGCCUUUGCGGAACAACCUUCUCUCAGUGGGUGUUGAGCGUUGCAGGAACAGGGGUGGUGCAAUGUGUGCAGGACGGUUUUUAGAGGUCUCUGUCUUUUGUGGGGUUUACUUGAGCCUUGAUGUUCACAAUAACAACUUUGGGAACAAUUCAGUUAAUGUGUAUAUGGAUAUAAAUAAAGGUCUUAUUUUCUUUUUGGUUUUUUUGCCAUGUGGAAGCGGAGAGAGCUGUGUGAGUGAAAGUUCCUGAGAGGAAGCAGAGUUUAGAACUAUUAACUGAUUAACGUCAUAAUACAGCUGCUAUCUGACUUUUGGCUGUACUACCACAUAUACAGAGUGUUUUGUGUUUGUAAAUUAAUAUUUUAAUUGGUGAAAGAAGAUGCAAAUUCUGUGCAAAUUUGUUUUUUCUAUGAUGGUUGAAGAAGCUGGCUUCAAGAGAGUAAAUCUAAUAAAUAUUUCUGAAAACA